UUUACCCAUUUUGACAUCCCUUUGGCCCAUAUCAUCAUGCCUCCUUUCCGUUUUAACAUUCCUUUCUUCUCCUACGGCUCUCCUUCUCGUCUCUCUUCAAGGGCUUCUUCACCGUCACCACCACCUACGCCUCCUCCGUCACGCCCUCCUUUUCGUCCUGCAGGCAUCGCUAAGCCGUCAAAGCCAGCCACGUCGUCAGAAACCAAGUCCAAGACGCCUUCGUCACUUCCUAGGGCUAGAAGCAAUGUUGCGGCCAUUGCAGCUUCUUCGUCUGCGCCAACUCGGCUGGCGAAACAGAGUAACCAAUCUGGUUCUCCUGUAAAGGAGUCUCUGAGGGCUGAGGAGAAAAAGGAGGCGAUGAAAGAUAAGCCAUCGAGAGUAAGUGAAAAAGAAAGUGGCGAGAAUAUCCAUCCGGUAACAGAGAAACCUCUGACUGCUCGUUCAAAACAAAAAGAAGCAGAAGAAGAAGCUCAGAAACAGAGGAAAAUUACUGAGGUAGAUAAACUUGCGGUGGUAGAAAGGAAUUCAAAAACAGCUCAGGAACAACAGAAGCAACAAGAAAUAGAGAAACUUGCGGUGGAAGAAAAUAAGAAAGUUCUUGGCAAGGACAUGGAAGAGAAUUUAAAAACAGCUAGAGAACAGCAUAAGAGAAAAGAAUCCGAGAAACUUGCGGCGGAAGAAAGAAAUAGAGCUCUUCAGACAGUGCGUAAUGAAGAUGCAACGCGAAGCAAAACCACACGACAUAUUGCCGCAGCAUCAGACUCAUCGAGAGGGCCGAGAGAUCUGCCGGAGAGAAGGACGCAGAACAGAACAGAUUUUCACAACGAUGACAACCGUCAGAGAACCAAAGACAUGUCGACGGGUAAUCAUGAGUUUCCGAGAGAUGGGAACAGAGAGAGGUCAUCUUCAAUGAGCAGACGGAUCAAAGAAGACAUCAGAGAUGGAAUAAGUAAGCUUACUUGGGGAAAAAGCAACGGCGAUGAGAAAUCGGUGAGCGUCUUUACUCUUACUGGCGAAAACAGAGGAGCAACAAUGGCAAUACAUUCUGAAAAAGACAAGAAAGAUGGAGAGGUUCAUAUUCACCGUGGAUACAGAAGUAACCCGGAGGAGAGUCCUAACACCACAUCCACGGACACCGAAGGAGGAAGAAGACCCUUCGACGGCAAAAACGAAGACGAAGAAGCGAAGCUUAGGGCAUACGUAAACGGUAAUACUCAGGCGAUCAACAAUUCGAUUGUGUGCGAUAGUUCAGUGCAAGAGAACGAUCCAGGAAUUCAUAUGAGUUUGAAAUUUGAAGAAUCGAAGAAGAAGAAGAAGGAUGAAACUAUUAGUCCACCAGAGAAUAAAUCGGAGGCUGUGAGUGUGACGGCGAAGGAGACGGAGAAGUUGAAGCAUGAGCCGAGGGUGAGAAGGAGAUGCUUGAGAGGGUUACUUGCAGAGACGAGUGAGUCGGAGCCGGAGAAUCCCUUGAAGCCCCGGAGACAUGGUUGCAGGUUUACCUGUAAAGACAAAGAUAAAGACAACACUUGAUUAUGUGAAAACUAUGUCAAUGCUCGAUUUGAUCAGUUUCUCCUUUCUGUUGAUCCUUCAUGUACUAUUCUACAAAUGUUGGUGUUUGUUCA